GCAACGGAACAUGCGGAUAUUCCCUACCCUAGCCUAGCCUAGCCUAGCCCCUGUUGUUUCUCCCCUAGUCUAUAUUAGGUACGUAUUUACUAUUCGACACAUGUGAUUGGCUCCAAUCUCCCAUCUUCCCCUUGUAAACCCGAACCCGUUCAUCGCGUCCAAGCUCAACUCGAAACUCAACAAAAUCGCCAAUCAUGAAGGAGAUGAAGCUGUCAUGAUGACGGCAGCAAGGGGAGCUAGAAAACUUCCAUACCACUCCCCGCUCCUUUUCUUAAGGUCGCUAGCAAUUCAUAUUUACUCAGGAUAGCUUCGAUUGUCAACUGUGCCGGUUCGCAGACCAGACAUACACACGAAGCUGUUUGUCCGCCUAUCGUCUAACUUAUUAUCCACUUCAAUUGAGACGAGAUACUCUAGGGCUACUACACCGAGAACUAUACGGUGUAUCAGCAUCGCAAUGGCAUCCCAAACCCCUUGGAUCCCCCGAUUGCAUCUCUGGGAGAUCGACGACCAGCCGUGUCCGAUCCAACACAUCUUCACCCGCUGUGGCUUACCGCAGGUCUAUCCCGCUUCUCUUGGCUGUCUGACCUACCUACCCUCUCCCUGCAUAGCGACAAGACAAGGGGAACAGCAGUCGUUCCCCUCUUUCCUCCGCGCAUACGUCCAAGACGGCCUAACGCACGCCUGGACCGUCCACAUCCCGUUUCUGCAGCGCAGCAGCCCCGCGACCAUCGUAGCCGAGACGCUACGGCGCGAACUCGGCAGCUCCGUUUCGCGGUACACCUACAUCGACUUCUGCGCCGGAGCCGGUGGUCCCACACCAUUCAUCGAGCGAGCUUUGAACAGCCAGCUCGCGCGCCGCCGCGACGACGCGACGCACCGGGUUCCCGCGACGGCGCAAUCCGGCGUCGUAGACGGCGAAAGUCGCGCUGCCGCAGAUAACACGCCGAGCUACGCGGCCGUUGCCAGUCCCAAGGCCCAGUCUACUACCGUCCAGGAAGAGGACAGCCAGGUGGACUUCGUGCUGACCGACUUGCAUCCGCACGUCGAGUCCUGGGAAGCCGCGAGUAAGAAGAGCGACCACCUAACGUACGUCGCGCGCCCCGUCGACGCCGCCAGCGCCCCUGCCGACCUACUACGUCGGUACACGGGGAAGAAGAGCAGGAAGGGGAUUUUCCGGCUGUUCAACUUGGCAUUCCACCACUUCGAUGACGACCUAGCUCGCGCUAUCUUAAAGAACACGGUCGAGACUAGCGAUGGGUUCGGCAUCUUUGAGCUACAAGACCGGACCCCCACCGGCCUGCUGACGUGCUUCGCCUUCGGCUUCUUCAUCUUUCUAAUCGCUCCACUGCUAUAUUGGUGGUCACCCGUGCGCUUGUUCUGGGUUUAUGUUAUCCCUGUCGUCCCCUUUGUGCUUGUCUUCGACGGUCUUAUUUCGUGCCUACGUACCCGCACUGCCGACGAGGUUGAGGCCCUAUUACGGACCUGUGGUGCCAACAGCGACGGCUGGGAGCUUAAGAGCGGAAAGGAGCAGUUUCUUUGGCCCUGCGGAUAUUUACACUGGAUCAUCUGCACCAAGAAGGCUACAUAAGGACCGAAAAUAUUCGGGCCGUAGGGUAGGGGGUGUAUCGGUGUAAAGCAUAUGGUAUCAUAUAGCCACUUAUGAUUCUUGCCCCCUUGUACAAAAUGUCAUUUGGUUGCAUUCCGCAAAGUAUAGAAUAUAUGAAAGCCAUGAUAAUAUAUACAAAUGGUAUUUUCCUUAGUCCCCCGUAAAUGACGUUGGCAAUGCUUCCCAUGAUAACCGCUGGACGCCCCCGGUCGCUUUCUACAUAGACAGUUAAGCGAACUAAAGAUGAUAAAAGAUGGGUAAUCAACAGCCGGGGCUGACAAAUUAUUUCGUCAACCAACCAAGGUAAUCCAUAACAAUUAAGGUUACCAUA